CGACUGCUCUGACUCCCGCCCGCCUCCGCGGUGCGCGCCGGGGGUGGUCCGCAGCAGGGUCCGCUCUCCGCGCCAGGUGCGCCGCGCGCCCGGCUCAGCCAUGUCGUCCUGCAGCCGCGUGGCGCUGGUGACCGGGGCCAACAAGGGCAUCGGCCUCGCCAUCGCGCGCGACCUGUGCCGGCAGUUCUCGGGGGACGUGGUGCUCACGGCGCGGGACGUGGCGCGGGGCCAGGCGGCCGUGCAGCAGCUGCAGGCGGAGGGCCUGAGCCCGCGCUUCCACCAGCUGGACAUCGACGACCUGCAGAGCAUCCGCGCCCUGCGCGAGUUCCUGCUCAGGGAGUACGGGGGCCUCGACGUGCUGGUCAACAACGCGGGCAUCGCCUUCAAAACUGCUGAUCCCACACCCUUUCAUAUUCAAGCAGAAGUAACGAUGAAAACAAACUUUUUUGGUACCCGAGAUGUCUGCACAGAGUUACUGCCUCUAAUAAAACCCCAAGGUGAAGUGGUGAACGUGUCGAGCACAGUGAGCCUCAGGGCCCUUAAAAGCUGCAGCCCCAAUCUGCAGCAGAAGUUCCGCAGUGAGACCAUCACGGAGGAGGAGCUGGUAGGGCUCAUGAACAAGUUUGUGGAGGAUACGAAGAAUGGAGUGCACCAGAAAGAGGGGUGGCCCAAUACCGCAUAUGGGGUGACGAAGAUCGGAGUCACAGUCCUGUCCAGAAUCCAUGCCCGGAAACUGAGCGAGGAGAGGAAAGGGGACAAGAUCCUCCUAAAUGCCUGCUGCCCAGGGUGGGUGAGAACCGACAUGGCAGGACCCAAGGCCACCAAGAGCCCAGAAGAAGGAGCAGAAACCCCUGUGUACUUGGCCCUUUUGCCCCCAAAUGCUGAGGGACCUCACGGACAGUUUGUUUCAGAGAAGAAGGUUGAACAGUGGUGAGCUGGAGUUAACGCUUCACCCAUGGCCUUGUUUUGUACCCUGUCUUGACCCAAAGGACAUUCACAAUGUCAAAAAUAUCCCUAUCCUUCCCCCUAAAAAUUGAAACAUCCCCAUCAAGUACUCAUUACUAACAUACUACUGAUUGAGUAGGCUACUUCUUCAGUUGACUGCUAAUUCUGUGAAGUCUUUUGUGAUUUACUCUCACGUAGGGAAAGGCAAUGUGUAAUUGUCAAAACUAAUGAAUGAAAAUCAAUAGAUGAAUAAAUAGUUCUUUCUGAAUGUC